UGUGGAUCUAGCACGGACAUGCACCAAUCGAUCGUUUUACCAUGGCACCGAAAAGUGGAUCCGGCCACGUAGUUCCGCCGGCUUUAAAAUGGAUCCAGUUAGCGCCACUGUACCGGCUAGAGAAAGCGUUACAGGAAAAACGGCGGCGUGGCCCCUCUCAGGUUUCUAUCUGUUUAAAGUCUAUGGUUUUUACCCAUGUGAUUAAAAAUAACAACGUGUUUUUAACUUAGCAAAACGGCGUGUAGAAGACGGAGAAAUUUUUCAAUAUUUGGUGUUUUGUUAAAAUAUAAAAACAUUGAGCAAUGGAAAAGAAAUCGGGGGAACCACGAUGGGUAAUGCGCGAGUACGAAGCUUUCAAGGAAUAUUCGCGCGAGACAUCGAACAAAUCAACGGCGCUAGAAAAAUUUAUAAAGAAAUUGAGGAUCGAGAUAAUACAAGAAGAGGAUAAAGAGCUAGAAUUCGAUAUAAUUGGUUGCGACACUUCAUUAGCCAAUGCAUUUCGUAGGAUACUUAUAAGCGAAGUGCCAAGUAUGGCUAUCGAUAAAGUCUUUAUAAUAAAUAAUACUAGUCUUCUACAGGACGAAGUACUUGCGCAUAGACUGGGUCUCAUACCCCUUCGGGCAGAUCCUCGGUUAUUCGAAUAUCCUCCGAGCGGAAGGAAGGAUGACGAGGUCAGCGAUCAAGAUACUCUAAAAUAUGAACUGAAAGUUACAUGCACUGUGAAUCCACAAGCGCCAAAAUAUUCUCGUCUUUCAGAAGAUAUGUAUAGAAACAGCAAGGUUUAUAGUAAGGAUAUCAAAUGGGUACCAAUAGGCCGACAAGGGGACAUGUUUCCACAUGCGGCAGAACAGUUUAGUGUGCUAGAAAAUGAUAUAUUAAUAUGUAAAAUGCGUCCUGGUCACGAGAUCCACGCAUUUAUGUAUGCGAUUAAAGGCAUUGGCAAAGAUCACGCCAAAUUUUCUCCUGUAGCCCCCGCGCGAUAUCGUCUUAUGCCCGUUAUCGAGUUGACUAAGCCUGUGAGAAACGAGGAUGCGGAUCUUCUGCAAAGCUGUUUUAGCCCUGCUGUGAUAGAUGUGGUAGAGAAAGAAACGAGUUCGGGACAGAAAUAUCGUGAAGCGCGCGUGAAGGACGCCCGUUACGAUACUUGUGCCAGAAAUGUCUAUCGUUACGAACAAUUGAAGGAUUGCGUGGAAAUGAGUCGAAUAUCGGAUCAUUUUAUCUUUAAUAUAGAAUCUGUGGGGACACUACCCUCGGCUGUUUUGUUCACGGAAGCUGUUAAAGUGCUCAAGAACAAGUGCAGGACGUUUCUCGCAGAGCUAGAACAUGUGGGAAUAUAGUUCUUUUUUCUUUUCUUAAAUUUGUUACAGAAUUAAUUAAAAAAAAAAAAAAUAAAUAAUUAAAAAAAAAUAAAAUUAUAAACAUACC